AUGUCUCUCAUGCUUUCCGAUAAUCUGGCUCCCCAGCCCAUGACUGAUAUCUUCACCGAUGAUACGAACAUUAACCGCCGAAAGUGCCACCGCACAGUGCCUAUGAAGGUGCUUGCUCUAGGUGUCGGCCGUACUGGAACUGCUUCGCUUCGCAAGGCCCUUGAGCGUCUUGGUUAUGGCAAGUGCUACCACAUGAUGUGCGCGAGUGUUGAGAACCCGCCGGACUGUCUCAUGUGGCACGAUGCCCUGAACGCAAAGUAUGACGGUGUCGGGGAGUUCGGCCGCAAGGAAUGGGAUCAACUUCUGGGUGAUUGCCAGGCCGUCUGUGACUGGCCUGCCUGUGCCUUCGCAAAGGAAUUGAUUGAAGCCUAUCCCAAUGCCAAGGUUAUCCUGACUACCCGUGAUGUUGACCCAUGGCACGCAUCCGUGAUGAAGACCGUCUUCUGGCGUGUCUCAGACCCAGAGCACAAGUUCGUCUCGAACUUCAGCUGGGCUGCUAGCAUGUACUACCCCAUGCUGAACAAGUUCUUCGAGACCUUCUUCCGUGGCGAUUUCCCUGGCAAGGGCAAGCAAGUCUACGAAGAUCACGUUGGUGAGGUCCGCAGCAUGGUUCCCCCCGAGCGUCUGCUCGAGUACAACAUUAAUGACGGUUGGGCCCCUCUCUGUGAGUUCCUCGAGGAGGAGAUCCCCGACACUCCCUUUCCUCGCGGAAACGACAUGGCCGACUUCUACAGGCGCUGCAGCACUCGUAACCGCCAUCAAAUGAUGAAUGCCGCCUUCCAGGCUGUCACCAUCGGCGGAUCGCUGCUUGCCGCUGGCUUCGCUGCUACCGUUGCUUUCAAGCGCUUCUCCCUUCGCUGA